CCCAAACGGCCGAAAAUUUUCCCCACACGGCCCCCGCUCCGACCACCCCGCGCACGGCGAUGGAGGCCGCCGCCGACGACCUCCUCGCGGCCCUCUCCUCCCCGAGCUCCCGCGCCGGCCUCCACUCCCGCUUCGCCGCCUACCUCCAGCCCUUCUCCCCCCACCUGCCCGCCGCCAACCCUAACCCCAAGCCGCUGCCGAAGAGGGCGACGAAGCAGGCCAAGCAGCCGCCGCCGCCCCCCGACGCGGCCGCCGUCCGCCUCCUCGCGAAGCGGUUCCUCCCGUUCCUCUGCCGCGCGCUCCAGCUCCUCCCGCCGCUCCUCCUCCCGAACCCUAGCGCGGGCGGCGACGCGGCGGGCCUCGACGAGCUGCUCGAGAUCUACGGCCUCACCCUCGACUGCCUGGCGGCCAUCUCGACCUGCCUCGCCGGGAAGCCCUACUCCGUGCUGCUCCAGCGCGGCCGCUUCGUGUGCUGCCUCGAGUCGCGCGGCCACUACGCCCGCGCCGAGGCGGAGGCGGCCGCCACUCUCGACGCCCUCCGCUGCGCGCUCUCGCCACCGACGGCCGCAAAGCCUUCUCGUGGCGCUGCAAGUGUUGCUCCCCUCCUCCCCGAGCCUGGCAUUGCAGGAGAGGCUGGCGCGGACCCUGAGGUCACCACCCUUGCGGUUGAGCUCACCGUAUGCCUUGCUAAUUGUGCCAGCAAGGGCAAGGUGAAGGAAGAUGCCUGCUACGAACGUGUUCGUAACCUUGUUGAGCAGCUCCGGCCAUGGCUCCGGAUUCCAACUGAGGAGGCGAGCAAGAAGUAUGUGACUCUGCUUGUGAAUGCACUGAGCCGCUGUGCCAUUUCCCUGGCUGCCGAGUCUUCAUUUUUCGACGCUGAUCUUGUCCGUGAAUUCUGUGUUGCAACCUUAGGGGAGUGUGAGAAGGCACAGCUGAUUGAACGCUUGCCCAUCGUUGCACGCAAGAUCUGUUCUUCUGUAGAUUUGAGUUGGGGUGAGAGCACAUCGCUUUUGCUUGCCGUGCUUGAGUCUGUUUUACGUGUCAAGGCCUACUUACCUAAAGCUUUGAACGAGUUCCUGGAGUUUAUAGAUUAUUUUUCUCGGAAUUUUCUUUCAAAUAGGGAUGUAAAUGCUGGUGCUUCAAAACUAUUUUAUGGACAAGGUGGUUUUUCUUCUGAGAUUUCCCCGCCCAUUGCCUCAGUUCUUCAUCUUUAUGCUACUGGAUUACACUUCAGUAGACAGCAAAUGGGAAGCGAAGAUCAGCCCUCUAUGUCAGUGGAUUUUCUCAAGAAUGAAAAGAACCUACAAACUUUGAACAAUGCACUGGGCACACUAGAACGGAUUUUCUGUGUCACUGAUGGCAAAUCCAGUAAACAUGAUAAUUUGGGUAAAUAUUCAAGUACACUAACUGAUGCCAGGCAUCCCAAUAAGAAAGACAGUUAUAGUUGUUCUCAGUCACGUGAGCAUAUUAAUUUUUUGGCAUAUUUGGAUUCUUUGGAGUUUGUUUGCAAGAUACUAUUGCAGCCUGCAAAUGCAGUUUGGGAGAGCUUCUUCAAAGAAAAAACAGUCCCCACUUCGGGGAAAAUGACAUGUGUCUUAAUGGCACUGAAUCAGUUUAUUGAUUCCAGCCUUUUUGCUUAUAGCAGUUAUACCAAAAUGUCUGACGAAGAGAAGGAGAGAUUAAAUAAAACCUUACUGAGGGCCCUAGUGUCAGCAAUCAAAAUUUCCUUUGUGACCAAAGAGGCUAUCCAGAAGAGCUUGUAUUCUAUCAAUUGUGCCAUUUCAAGUACAUGGAUAAAGCUUGAGGAUUUCAAAUAUUUGAUCCCUUCAAUUGGUAACAUCGGCGUGACACUUUAUAAUAUUGGACAUUUUGAAGAGGCACCAAAGGCAUUAGAACUAUGCUGCCAAGCAACAUGGGCACAGAUCAGACUUUCUUACUGUAGACUAUCAACAAGAACGGAAGGUCACAUCAUAAUUGAGGAUCUACCGAAGGAUACACUGAAGGAUAUCAUUACAGAUGCAUUUGCUAGGAUAGAUAAGAUGGUCAACACUCUCCAUAGAUGUGGCUCAAAAGUGAUACGAGAUAUUGUUGUGAAGAGCUUGUCUGAAUUGUUGGCCCAUGCUGACACAUCAGAUUAUCACAAAAGCUAUUCGGUUCUGAUCAAGUCGUGGGUGAAGAUAACACUUAAGGAUUUUGCGAAUGACCAAAAUAUGGAUAGUGCCCCACUUCUAUAUCACUCUCUAAUGGGCUACCCAUCUCCCUUGCCAAAGAAGUUGAUAGGCUCAAUCUUAGAGCAGGAAUUAUUAACAUAUGGAGAAAUGGAAUCUCGUGCCACCAUGCUCUGCGGAAAUAUGCAAAUAAGAAUAAUAGAUAUUCUAUUGAAUGAACUUUAUUGUUCAAAAGAGUACUAUCUGGACAGAUCAAAAGUUUUAGUUAGAAAGGCACAUGCACUCCGUUCAUCUGGGGUGCAAAACAUAAGCAGGUGUCUUGAGUCCUUAUCUGAAGCCAUAUCUUUACUGCGAAGCAUCUUACUGGAUUCAUCUCGAGGGAAUGCGAUUGUGAUGCAUGAAUUAGCUAUUGCAUACUGCUUGCAUGCACAUUGUGCGCAGGAAGCCAAUCGUGGCGGCAAGGUAAUCUUUGAUGAUGCUAGGAGUGCCGUUGGCUUGUGGUCAAAGAUGGGUACUUCUCAUCAUUCUUCUCCUGGUGUGAUCUUUCAACAGCCAUCAGAAACUCUUGUACCACUUCUUUGUUCUCUUGUUGAUUUGUUGGCCAUGAAGCAGUUGUGGCCUGUUGAAUUCUUUUCUCAACCGUGUGAAUAUUCCCUUGGAAAUCAGUUUGGUUUCAAUGCUAAUGUUGAUGGGAUUGUUAAAGUUGCAUCAUCUCUGGUUUCUGAAGUUCCUUCGAAUAAUCAAUCAACCUAUCUGGCUGGCUGGCUGUAUUAUGAUUUGUCAGAAAGACUUCUGUCAAGAGGACAACUUCUCCAGGCCAUUUCAUAUGGAAGAGAAGCCCUCCAAUUGCGCAAGAAGCUCCUAAAAAAGAAGUUCAAAUUUAAUUUGGGCAAGUUUGUAAGCAAGGAAAGCGAAUGUUCUGGUGGGCAAGGCUUUGUUUCACUUGAAGCAUGGGGACCAACAAUGGCUGAAAUUUGGCCAGAUUGCACCAGGCCAAGCAGCAUGAGAGAUUCUUUCCUUACCCCAUGGAAUGUACUUAAAUGUUACCUUGAAAGCAUAUUACAGGUUGCUCUGAUGCAUGAGUUGAUUGGUGAUGGCGCCGAAGCAGAAGUUCUAUUACGGACAGGAAAGGAGAUAUCAUGUUUCCAAGGAUUGCCAAUUUUUGCUGUUGUUUUUACAUCAGCGUUAGGUCAACUAUACUGCAAGAGACAGCUGUGGGAUGCUGCAGAGGGUGAGCUUAAACAUGCUAGGGAUCUCCUUAAAGAAAAUGGUGAAUUCAUUUCAUGUGAGACAUGCAGGUUGACUCUAGAGAUAUCAGUUGAUGUGCAAGCUGGGGAUCUGUUUUGGAAUCAAUUUGACAAAGAUUUGCAAAAACAUUCAACAUGCAAUUUGUCUCGUGCUUUAGGCAUGUACCGAUCUGCCAUGGAGAAAUUGAAUGACACCAGUUUGGAAUUUUCUGCUGGGUCCUGUUGUAAACUUAAUACUAGUUGCAUUUUGGGCAACAAAGACUGUAUUGCAGAAACCAAGCGUGGAGCUUGUAAUCGUGGGAAAAAACCCUUAGCAGCCAAGGAUGGAGUGUUACCUCCAUGUACUCCUUGUUUGUUGUUCAGUCAAGCACCUAUUGACCAGUACAAUGAACUUGUGGGAUUAAAAUCUGAAAGGGAAAACUUGAAGAAUGCCGAAAGUGCCCCACCAUUGGAUGUUAACGUUAAGAAGACAUCCAGAACUUCAUCACGUUUAGCCAAAGAACAGAAUGCGGCAGCUCAUGCAAAGACUAGAACCACCCGAUCCAGCAAGCGAACUGCACAUGUGAAAAGUGAAAAAGAUCUAGCUGAACUGAAUAGUGAGAAUGACAUAUCUGGGAGCUACAAAUUGUCCACAGAUGCUUUGGUCUGUGGGAAGCUAAGCUGCUCUCUUGAUGGUGUUUACUGCAGCAGAGAUGACAUAUGCAAUAUGUUUGGGUGUUGGAAUUGCCUUUUUGUUAAUUCACUCAAUUCCGAGUCCAUUGAGAAUAUAUUGCAGUUCAGAAAAGACUGCAUCCGCCGACGCCAUCUUGUGUCUCUUCUGUUAAAAACAGCAAGAGCCUUGGGAGCUCAGGGUGGAAAGCAUGGAGCUCAUGAAGUUCAUAGUAUCUACUGGCAGUGUAUAUCAUUGUUGUAUUUCAGAUCUCUUCCUCAAGGUUGUUAUAGAACCUAUGAGCCUCAUUUAAUUGGACUAAUCAUGAAUGAAAAUACUGGUGAUUUUCUUUCUUUAGAGCGUGCGGAAAUACUAUGUAGUAUGAGUUUCUUUUUGUUGAAGGGUUUCCUUUCAGAACAGUCAAGGGAUAGUUGCUGCAGCUUCUCUAGUGUACAAACGGCUGAUAUCGUUUCUUGGUUGCUGAAAGCUUUUGUGUUAUCUGGAGAGAGUCCUUCACUUCUUCAGGAGGUUUGCAGGCUACUCACAUGCAUAUUCUUACUCUCAACGAUAGAUUCCACGGUUCAAUUACCUUUGUAUUCCAAGGGAUCUCUCUCUUUGAAUCAUUGGGCUGCUUACUUUCAUCAAGCUUCUGUUGGAACUCAUCUCAAUUGCCAUUACCUUGCAAGCUUACAGGCAUUGCCCAGAAAAACAGAUUCGAAGGGUCUUGUUGGAGAUUUCGCAGACAAGAUAGAUGAGGUCCCAAAGUUUCUAAGGUUUUCAUCGGCAGACAUGGAACAUCUCGAAAAGCAUGUAUCAGAAUUCUUCAAUCAACUUCCUGAUGUACCAAUUGUGUGCAUUAGUAUGCUUGGAGGUGAUUUUGUGAAUGUUCUUGGGGAAGCACUUCUUCUCCCUUCCCUGUUUCCUGCUUGGAUGUUGCUCUCAAGGUUUGAUUCAACAAACAAGCCUACCACAAUGCUUCUACCAGUGGAUUCUAUUUCAAAAGAAGCACAUAAUGAAGACUCUUCUAUCAAAGAACUGGAUAAUCCAACUAGAGCUUCAGAUAAGAAUUGGAAGUGCCCUUGGAGCUGCACUAUUAUAGAUUAUGUGGCUCCAACUUUCAGAAAGCUACUUAAGGAUAACUUUAGAUCCCUCUCUGGUGCAAUUGAUAUUCCAAAGGAUGGACAAGCAAAUACAGUAAGGUGGUGGUCGGAUAGAAUGAAGCUCAACAACGACCUUAAUGAGAUACUGGAAAACAUGGAAAAAUUGUGGCUAGGACCCUGGAAAUAUCUUCUGCUGGGGCACCAAUCAGCUGACCAACACAGUGAGGCAGUGCUGGAAAAUCUAAUCACUGGUCUAGAAUCAGAAUUCAAACUUGAAGCAAAUCCAGCGCUCAUCAAGGUCAUCCUUGGUGGGGUUGCAUCAGUGGAUGAACUGAAAGAAUGUGUUUCUCAGCUUGUAUCAUAUAAAGCUUACUUUGGCAGGGGAGGGUGUUGUGGAAGAGAUAGACUUAGAGCCUUCUCUUGCCAGAUUGAUGCUGAAGCUCUGGUGUCCCUUGAGCAUUUAUGCAAUGGUGUAGUGAAUGAGCUGGCCGAGCCAGUUGAGAGAACUCCAGUGAUUUUAGUUCUAGAUACUGAUGUGCAGAUGCUUCCUUGGGAGAACUUGCCUGUGUUAAGGAAUCAGGAAAUGUACCGCAUGCCGUCAGUGAGAAGCAUCUUUCUAGCAUUGACUAGAAGCACUAAUCAUCAGAAAGAUGCCAGUGUCAUAGACCCUCCUUUUCCUGUUAUUGACCCUUUCAAUGCAUUCUAUCUGUUGAAUCCUGGUGGUGAUUUGAUCAGCACACAAGAGGAAUUUGAUCAGUUGUUUAGAAACUACGAGUGGAAGGGAAAUGCUGGGGAUGCUCCAACAGCUGAAGAGCUUGUCUUGGCCCUGAGGAAUCAUGAUCUUUUUCUCUACUUUGGACAUGGAAGUGGUAGUCAAUAUGUCUCUGGAAAGGAAAUUGAGAAGUUAGAUAAUUGUGCAGCUGCUCUCCUCAUGGGUUGCAGUAGUGGGACACUUCAUUGCAAAGGAGCGUAUGCUCCUCAAGGGGCCCCUUUGUCUUAUUUAUUUGCUGGUUCUCCUUCAGUCAUUGCAAAUCUCUGGGACGUCUCAGAUAAAGAUAUAGAUCGAUUUAGUAAAGCACUGCUCAAUUCAUGGCUGCAAGAAAAUGUCACAGCUGCCAAGAAUUGCUCUAAAUGUUGCCCGCUGACACAAGAAUUUGAGUCCAUGACCAUCGCCGCGAAGGACAAUGGUUGGUCAAGACGAAAAGGCUCACGAGCUAGGAAGCAACAACAGACAGUAGAGAUGGGCGGCAGUAGUAGUUGCUGUAACUGCGGGCACAGGCGAAUAGCUUCACAUAUAAGUGAAGCUAGGCGUGCUUGCAGGCUUCCUCUUAUGAUCGGUGCAUCUCCUGUUUGUUAUGGUGUGCCUACUAUCAUCAGGAAGAAGUAAUGGACAUGCAGUGUUCUAAUGGGAGAUCAUCGAGGACUGCAUGCUGUAGUUCUGGGCUUUGAGCCACUGAUGCAAACCGAGGGAAGUGCCAUGAUAGGCUAUGCUGUUGUUUGUACUUAGCAGCAGAUGCAGAGCUAACAAGAUAAUGCUGAUUGGCUGUUUUUUACCCGAGGAGCAGCCGGAAAUUUCAUCGAUUCUGACGAGAUUCAGUGCUGUGCCAACACAGGGUAUAUACGAGUAAAAUUAUGCUCCGGGAAAUCAGUAGCAUGUAGAGCAAAUGAACCUUGAUCUGUUGUUAAUUUGUUAUACAUGUGCUUCCAAAUGUAAUUUUGAGCACAUAUGUAAUCUUAUGUUCCGGGAAAUCAGUAGAAUGUAGAGCAAAUGAACCUGCCACAAGGCAACUGGUAACUGUUGUUUGUAUUAUUUUGUACACUAUAGAUCUGAUUCUUUCUGUUACAUUAUAAUAUAGCUGGUUUAAUUGUA